CCAAAGUCUGUGCUCCCGGCUUAACACUUUCGUGGUUAGUUUUGCAAUCUUUGAAUGUUUCAUCAGCCAAUUUGUCCAAAGAAACUCUGUGGCCUGGUUUGAAUAUAAAACAGGAAAUAGACAGAUGUUGAGCUUUUUUUGUUGAAAAAAAGAAAAUGGUUAAUAUGAAAAAUGAUGAGACUGCGAACGUGGUUGCGGAAAAUGGUCCUCAGAAAACAGCAAAGCAACUACAAAAGGAAGCCAAGAAAUUGGCGAAGAUGGAAAAAUUUAAGCAAAAGUUAGAGAAAAAGGAAAGUGAAAAACCGACAAAAGUGAAAGAAAAGCAAGAUAAAAAUGAUAAGAAAAAAGAAACCGCAUCAAUCUAUACUAUUAAUAUAUCACCUGGGGACAAGAAAGAUGUUUUAUGUCCAAUGCCAGAUAUGUAUAGCCCACAAUAUGUAGAAGCUGCAUGGUAUGCUUGGUGGGAAAAAGAAGGCUUUUUUAAACCAGAAUAUGGAAGAAAAGAUAUAUUCAAAGAAAAUACAAAAGAAAAAUUUGUAAUGAUAAUACCACCACCUAAUGUAACUGGUUUUUUACAUCUUGGACAUGCUUUAACUAAUGCUGUGGAAGAUUCUAUUACUAGAUGGAAUCGUAUGAAAGGCCGUAUGACACUUUGGAAUCCAGGUUGUGAUCAUGCGGGUAUUGCUACUCAAGUAGUUGUAGAGAAAAAACUUUGGAAAGAAGAAAAAAAAACUCGUCAUGAUAUUGGUAGAGAAGAAUUUGUUAAGAAAAUAUGGCAAUGGAAGCAUGAAAAGGGCGAUAGAAUUUAUUCACAAUUAAGGAAGAUAGGUGGUUCUUUUGAUUGGAGCCGUGCUUGUUUUACAAUGGAUCCUAAAUUAUGUAAAGCUGUAACAGAAGCAUUUGUGCGCUUGCAUGAUGAAGGCAUUAUUUAUCGCAGCAAUCGUUUAGUUAAUUGGUCAUGUGCUUUAAAAAGUGCAAUAUCAGAUAUUGAAGUUGAUAAGAUGGAAUUAAAUGGUCGAACUCUACUAUCGAUACCUGGUUAUGAAAAGAAAAUAGAAUUUGGUGUUUUAAUAUUUUUCGUUUAUCAACUCUUUGCUUCGAAAGAUGACAAAAUAACUGUAGCAACUACUCGUAUUGAAACUAUGUUAGGAGAUACCGCUAUUGCUGUGCAUCCUAAUGAUAGUAGAUAUGUACAAUAUAUAGGAAAAUAUGUGCAGCAUCCAUUUUGUGAUAGACGCAUACCUAUUAUAGCAGAUGAAUUUGUUGACAUAAACUUUGGCACUGGUGCUGUAAAGAUUACACCAGCUCAUGAUCCAAAUGAUUAUGAAGUAGGGAAAAGACACAAUCUACCAUUCAUAAAUAUUUUUGAUGAUGAUGGAAAUAUUGCUGCAAACUGUGGAAAAUUUACGGGAAUGAAAAGAUUUGAAGCCAGGAUGGCUAUCAUUAAAGAAUUGACAGAAAAAAAUCUCUUGAUUAGUAUAAAAGAUAAUCCAAUGGUAAUACCCAUAUGCAGUCGAUCGAAAGAUGUUGUUGAGCCUCUUGUGAAACCACAAUGGUAUGUCAAGUGCAAUGAAAUGGCUGCUCAGGCUAAAGAAGCAGUAAGCACUGGUGCUUUGAAAAUAAUUCCAGAGCAAUUUAAAAAAACUUGGUAUAUUUGGAUGGAUGGUAUUCGAGAUUGGUGCAUUUCACGUCAGCUUUGGUGGGGUCAUCGCAUUCCUGCUUAUGCAAUUAAAUGUAUUAAUUCUCACAUAGAUAAAAACGAGACAGAUGAAUAUUGGGUGAGUGCACAUUCUGAAGCUGAAGCCAGAGACAAAGCAGCCAAAAAAUUAGGCGUUAACAUAAAUGACAUUAUCGCAGAACAAGAUCCUGAUGUAUUAGACACUUGGUUCUCUUCUGCUCUUUUUCCAUUUUCCAUUUUUGGCUGGCCAGAUGAAACUCCUGAGCUCAAGACAUUCUAUCCAGGUACACUAUUAGAAACUGGCCAUGAUAUACUUUUCUUUUGGGUAGCCAGAAUGGUCUUUAUGGGCCAGAAAUUAUUGGGACAAUUGCCUUUCAAAGAAGUAUAUCUACAUGCGAUGGUGAGAGAUGCACAUGGAAGAAAAAUGAGUAAAUCUUUGGGAAAUGUAAUAGAUCCUAUGGAUGUGAUUAAAGGAAUAUCUUUAGAAGAUCUCCAAAAACAAUUGUUAGAUUCGAAUUUAGAUCCAAAAGAAUUGGAACGAGCUCGAGAAGCUCAGAGACGCGAUUAUCCACAAGGCAUUCCUGAAUGUGGUACAGAUGCUUUGCGAUUUGCUCUUUGUGCUUACACCUCUCAAGGACGAGAUAUAAAUCUCGAUAUACUCCGUGUACAGGGGUACAGAUUUUUCUGCAACAAAAUAUGGAAUGCUACUAAAUUUGCACUUACCUAUCUUGGACCUAAAUUUGAACAUGAUACAAAGGAUGUGAAAUACAAUAAUACUACCACUAAUAUUGAUAUGAUUGGUGAUGGCGAGUGGUAUCAGCGAGCUUUAAAGGAAUCUUGUGUACAGGAAGCGCUAAAUAAUUAUUUAGCAACUUAUUCAUAUCUUGAUGGUUACACACCCUCACAACUAGAUUCGAAAGUUUAUGAAACAUUAAAGGAAUUAAAUAUUAAUUUUGCAAAUUAUUUGCAUCUUAAGCGUUGGUAUAAUCAUAUCGCAACAUUUACGAUUGAAGAAAAAACUACAUUCCGUGUAGAACAAAAUAAAAUAAUACCACAACUUACAUAUACAUGUCAAAGAAAUAAUGAUGAUACGUUUAUGCUGACUGGACAUGAGACAAAUGUAGAUUUAUGGAUGUUAUCACGACUUAGUUAUGCUGCUAAGACUUGUGAUGAAGCAUUAGCACAAUAUGAUUUUGCAUUAGCUACUUCUGUCUGUUACAAUUUAUGGUUAUAUGAUCUGUGUGAUAUUUAUUUGGAAUAUCUUAAACCUAUAUUUCAAAGUGAAAAUAAAGUGGCAAAAUUGGCGGCACAAAAAAUAUUAUUUAAAACUUUAGAUGUAGGAUUACGUUUAUUGAGUCCAUUUAUGCCAUUCAUAACGGAAGAACUCUAUCAACGUUUACAUCAUAAAAAACUAAUAUAUCCAAGUAUAUGUAUAAGUCCAUAUCCAGAUAGCUCCGAGUGCUGUUGGAGAAACCAGGAGAUUGAAAAGAAUGUUGACUUUGUGCAAAAAAUAAUUAAAAAUAUUCGAUCUACUCGCGCAACUUACAAUUUACCUAAUAAAAUAAAAACUGAAGCAUGUAUCAUAUGUGACAAUUCAGUUUUAAAAGAUACGAUUGUUCAAUACAAAUCACUUAUAGAAACUCUUGCAUAUUCUAUUCUUAGCACAAAAAAACCUCUGGAGGGAUGUGCUAUCAUUACUAUAAAUGAUAAAACUCAAGUUCAUCUCUUACUUAAGGGUUUAAUCGAUCCAAAGAAAGAGUUAGAAAAGUUAAAAAAAAAGAAGGAAUUGAUUGAACUUAUAGAAAAAUUAAAACAAGAUUUAGCUGUACCCAAUUAUGACACAAAAGUUCCACUUGAUGUUCAAAAGAAUAACAAGGAAAAAUUGGCAAAUAGCGAAGGUGAAUUGCAACAAAUAAUUGAUGCAGUAAUAGUUUUACAAACAAUGUAAAAAUCUAUACAUAUGAAAUAGAAAAUUUUAUAAAUUCUACAACUUAAUAUAGAUAUAUAAUUUAUUUAUUGAGUUACUUAAUAAUAAGUAACUUAUUUAUUGACCUAUUUAAUAGUAGAAAGAACAUAAAAAGAGAUUAUAAUUAUGCUUCCCGGAAUUUCUUUUUCUUUUAUUUAAAAUUAUAUUCACAAAUUAAGAACCAAUUCAUAAAUAAAGUAUGCGAAGAAUGAAAUAACUAAACAAUAUUUAUGUAAAAUAUACAUAAAAAUCUGUUUGUAAAAACAUAUAGAUAAUACUGAAAAGAAAGAAAGAUCAUAAGAAAUAAAUAUUAAAAGAUUCUUUAGGAAAUGUUUUCGCAUAUGCAGAGCAUUAUAAGAUACUUAAGAAAUGCAGACUAUUUAAAUUAUAAUUUAAGGUUUUUGGGGUGUUCUACUAAAGACAUUAUAACAAUAGCGCAAAAUCAUGUUAAUUUUUUUUUAUCAAAAUAAAAACUUUGCCAUCAAUCGCGUUCAUUAGUAUAUUUCGAUAUAAAUUCUUUUUACAUGUUUAUUAAUUAAUAAACAUAUAUAAUUCUCGAUUAAUCAUCAUGAAAUAUUUACUGAAAAUGUAAAUAUGCAGAUUAAGCUGUAUGCGCAUUUAUUAAUAUAAAAUAAUAAAAAAAAAAAAUUCUCAAAAUACAUUUUAUAAAUCUCUACUAUUGAUAUGCGAAUGAUGGCAUACAAAAAAAAAGGAAAAUAAAGGAUGUUUUUGACAAGAAACAAAGUCAAAUAAUUUCUUGUUUUUGAUAUCAUAAUUGAAUAUGGCUAUUAGUAGGGAAACAGGAAUCUUAGUAUUAAAUAUAAAUUAAAUAUAUGAUACAUGAUAUAUGAAAAGCGAUUCAUAUGUAUGAAUUAUACGUAUUUCAUGUAUUAAAAGUAAUAUUUGAACAUAAUUGUAAUAUAUAGGAUAUAAUAAUAGGAUGUAUAUAUAGUAAAACAAGUAUAUAUGAUAAGUAUCUUAUAAAUGAAAAAUUAAAAGGAAAUUUUUUUGGAAAAUGGCAUUAUAUCUUUUCAUAUUUAUUUAUUGUAAAGCAUUGCAAUAAAUGUGCAACAGUUAUUAAAAUUGACAUAAUCAAUCUCUAACAAUGAUUCAUGAACUGUAAAAUUGUAUUAUAUAUUUGUUUUACUUACAUUCUGCUCAUUAUUUGCAAUUGCUGUGGUUAUAGUUUAUGUUUUAAAUGAAUACUGGUAAUCAUGCAAAUAUAUAUAACGGACGUGAUGAAAAAUAAGUAAAAUUAAAUUAUAAUGAUAUAUUAUAUAUACAGUUUGCAAGGACAUGUACCCUGAUAACAAAAUAAUGAUAAAUUUUCAUGAACUGUCCAAUUAGACAUUCUAAAGAGGAUCCUAUAAAUCCUGAAAGUGACAUCAAUAUUUCGCAUCCAUGAGACAUUUUUUAAUGUUUUAUUAAUGGUAAAAAUAAAAAAAAUAUAUGAUUUAAUUGAUGAAACCUUGCAAAAAAACUGAAUAUUACAAAUAAUAUUAAUUAGACUUCUAUUUUUACAUUUCAAAUAGAUAAUAAAUAAUAAACACUA